CAAAGCCCAAUCAAGUGUCGAGUAUGGCAGAACAAGAACCUACAGCAGAGCAGCUGGCUCAGAUUGCAGCCGAGAAUGAGGAAGAUGAACACUCCAUCAACUACAAGCCCCCAGCACAAAAGAGCAUCCAGGAGAUCCAGGAGUUGGACAAGGAUGAUGAGAGCCUUCGAAAGUAUAAAGAAGCCCUGCUGGGCAGUGUGACUGUUUCUGCUGAUCCCAAUACUCCUAAUGUCAUUGUGACACGCCUGACCCUGGUGUGCAGCACUUCGCCUGGUCCCUUGGAGCUAGAUCUUACUGGUGACCUGGAGAGCUUUAAGAAGCAGUCAUUUGUUCUGAAAGAGGGUGUGGAAUACCGGAUAAAAAUCUCUUUCCAGGUGAAUAAGGAGAUUGUAUCAGGCAUGAAGUACAUCCAGCACACUUACAGAAAAGGCGUCAAGAUUGACAAAACUGACUACAUGGUGGGCAGUUAUGGGCCUCGAGCAGAAGAAUAUGAAUUUCUAACCCCUGUGGAGGAGGCUCCUAAGGGCAUGCUGGCUCGUGGCAGCUACAACAUCAAGUCCCGAUUCACAGAUGACGACAAGACGGAUCACCUCUCCUGGGAAUGGAACCUCACCAUCAAAAAGGAGUGGAAGGACUGAAUCUAUGGCCCUAGAGAGGGAGGGAGAGAGGGAGGCAUCCCCAGACAGUGGCCACGGGAGAACCCUACCCUUAAUCUGAAUCCCCUGCCCCCAUCCCACUUUCCUUUUCAAUCCCUAAUCCCAUACCAAAGUGCUGACAGGGGAGUCCCAUCCUCCCCCCUUCCCUCUCCCCCCCCCCCACCUGUCUUCUCAUACCCCUGGUCUUUCGCCUCUGGAUGGGAGGGAAUCCCAUUUUUGUCUUCUUGGGCCCCUUCUCAGCCUCCCAGGUGGUUAUCGUUGUUUUUCCUGUUGCUGCUUCAGCCCAGUAUCUUGCUUGGAGGUGGGGGCUUUAGCCAAGGCCUAACCUUCCUUCAAGACCCCAAUUCUUCCCUUGGGCCAAAGGGAAGGGUUUUUGUUCUGGGCUUCAACAGGAAUUUAAAUUCUCUUCCCUCAGCUGCUGCAGCCCCACCAAUCAUGUCUUGUUCCCCUUGGAGGGGGUGUGGUGCACCACAGAAUCAGGGUAGUGAAGAGACCUCUGGCCCUUCUACUGCCCCCUUUGUGUGGCCAUCAAGAGCCUGUCAGUUCAUUCAUUGCUGUCUGUAACCGUGUAUAACCAUGAUGCCUUAACAUGUGGAACGUGUGCUAUGUGGGGAGAACCGCUCCCCCCAAUCACUAA